AUCAGUAAAUAUGUAGUUCACGUAGAUACUUAAAAAAUAGAAUGUCGAAAAUGUUUUUAUUUAGCUCUCUCUGAGAUCUCGAGAAAUCAUAUAAAAGAUAGUCAGUCGUAUCAAUCUUUGAAAACCUGUGAGUUAUGUGAAAGCAACAUGAGGCACGAUAAUUGUAAGGAAAAAAACCCCUAACGAGAUCGCUGAAGACGCUGUCAACCUUCAAUAAAGCCGCACAGGAUGGCUGUCAAUGGAAUUCUCUAUUUCAUCUUGGCAUACUCGAUGUUAAUAUAUGUCGAGGCCAAUGAUGAACAAGAUUCAACAAUCAAGUGCCAGUUUGGCAAGCCACUACGUAAUCAAAUUGAGGCAGAACCCCUUGAUGGAACGUGCCUACGAGAAAUUGUAGUUGAGUUCUCGAGAGCCCUUAGCUCUAUCAGUGAUGAGGAACUUGGAGUGACUGCUUUUCAAGGAAUGUUAGACAAACUGCAAUAUGUCAAUGUUUCGACUGGCUUAGAAGAAAAACUUGGUAUACUAGUAGAUAAGCUGAAUGCUAAGUUAAAGUCCUAUGUUGAUCUAAUCAGACGUAGUAAUGAUGUUAUUCAACCAAUUUUGUUAAGAAAACAAAAUGAUAUCAUUUAUCCCAGUCAAAAUAUUAGACUCGAACUUACGCAGAAUAGAGUGACCGAUAUUUGUUCUCAAAUUGUAGCUGCAUUAGCUACAAAUUUGAGAGGACAAGAAUGGAAGUAUUUGCAUGUUUUACCAGUAAACCAGCCAGGAACAAUGUGUGGUCCACCAAGUCUGGCUCAUAAUAUUGGUCCAUUGUUACUUUCCCGGUGUAGUUCUAAGAAUGUCAUUUUGUUAUUGGAACAUGGCAUAUUUAUGUCAGAGGGAGAUCUCGCCUUAGCUCAAAUAACUGCCAAAACAGUGGUAGAUAUGUUAUCAGAAACAGAUCAUGUCAGUGUUGUUGGUCUUGUAGGCCAUGGAUCCAUACACUGUAAAGAGGGUCUCUUAAGAGCAACAGAUAUCAAUAAGUUACAAUUAGCAAGACAUAUUGAAAGUAUAACGCGAACUGAAUCAAAUGAAACACUGAGCAUAGAUUUUAAAAGAUUAAUGAAAAAUAUCACAGGAGAAAUAGUUGUAAUACAUCUGACAAACACAUUGAACAGUACUUCAAAUGUUAAAAACAUUAUAAAUACAAUGUUUUCAGAUAAACUAAUUACACACUUACGCACAAUUCUUAUCCUCUCUGAUAUGAAACCUCAUUCACGUAUGAAGGAAAUUUACAAAAACGACAAUAUCAUUACUUUGCCUACACAAAAUGUACUGGGAUAUGAAAUAGCAAGACUGUUUUCUGGCCUAAAGUGCAUAAAUGAACAGCGAAAGGAUUAUUACCUAUCAGAUCCAUAUUUUGAACCUUAUAGUAAAACAAUGACUCUAUCUGUGGGACAAAUAACAAAUGUCGCCCUUUUAUCACUGGAUGUCAAGUUAAGAGACUUUCUGGAAGACAUAACUUACUUUCACGCUGGUUCAAACGCCUAUGGAAUUCUCUUUGAUAAGAAGGAGAUAGUCUGGAUGCAUAAGAAUUUUCCUAGAAUGGAAACAAUGAUGGAGCAACCAUUAAAGGUUUAUUUGCGCAAUAUUGAAAAUAUCGAACCGGGAAUGAUACAAAAAAUGAUGAACGAAUUUAAAGGCUCCAUUAAUGUUAAAACAAAUUUAGGAAUUGUGAAACGAUUCACAUGGAAACAUUUAUCCUAUGACGACAUCAUAGUUUGCAUAGUGUCUGAAAAUUAUAAAAAUUUACUGGUCACGAGAUCCAUACCGCCCUUACCACCAAACAUUUUGCAUCACAGACUUGAUCUAAUGUCACAGUCUAUUGUUAAUAAGGAUAUUCUAUGCACAUAUCAGAACAGAAUAGCUACACUGUCGACAGGCGUUGUGUAUCUUGCACCAUGGUGUUUUCAAUCUCCAAUGGAGCAAUUAAAAUUAUUGGAAACUGGUUCAGCAGUAACCGUACAAAGUUAUAUGGCAUAUAUAAAAGAUUCCACAAGGCUUCUAGCUAAUCCUGGUUUACAUCCUUCCGUCAGACCAGACGUAGCUACGUUGUCCCUGAUUUUAAAUCAUUUUAAACAACGCCACAUGGAUAGCGUCUUAAAUAAGUUUAUUGUUAGAAGGUACGUAGUUGCCACAGGAAGUGGAGUACUGGAAGUGUAUCCAGGUAUGGUUUUGGAUUCUGGUCUAGAUCCAAAAAGAAGAGCUUGGUAUGGAAAAGCAAUGGAACAUCCUGGAAAAUUAGUCUUGAGCACACCGUACUUAGACGCUGGUGGAGCAGGAUACAUAGUGACAUUAAGUCACACAGUUUACAAAAGUCAAAAUUCAAAUGUGCCACAUACUAGCAGUGACCCUAUCUUAGCCGUUUUAUCACUGGACGUAACAAUGGGUUAUAUUUCACGGCUUUUAUCAGAGAUGUAUCCCUUCUGCGACAAUUCGAAUGUUAAAUGUUUUCUAAUGGACGACAAAGGAUACCUGAUAUCUCAUCCGUCCCUUCUGGAUCCAACGAGCAAAGUGGAACAGCAACACUUAACUCACAAGGAACUUCUGGUGGCUACCGAUAUUUUAGAUCACAAAUACUUUGUCAAGAAGAAACUGUGCGCUAGCUACUUAGAUGGCACUACACAAAGAUACUAUCAGUUCAAUACAUCCUUGGAAGAGGUCCUUACAAAUAUUAUUCAUGGUGAACAUUGCGUAAAGUAUCAAAUUGCAGCUGUUCCUGGCACCAAUAUGUUCCUUGGAGUUGUCAACGUGACUUGUAAUAUCCUCAGGGCUUUCUGCCCGUGCAGUACAAUGGAUAGAUCUUGUUUAAAUUGCCAAAGGAUGGAACAGACAGAGUGUGAAUGUCCUUGCGAAUGUGCUCUGUACUCCGCAGGCUGUACCCAGUACAAUAUCAGUGGACUAGAACCUUGUCCAGCUCCGUAUGAACAAGGAGUAAGUUUACAAACACCCUGGGCACAGUCAGUUUCACUGAAAUCAUGUCCGUCCUUCAAUUGCAAGGCCUAUGAGACUAUGCAAGAGUGCUUAGGAGUUGUGGGUUGUCAAUGGUGUUUUAUUGACAGCGACGGUGAAAGUUUACUGCAGACACCAUUUUGCUCUGACAUGUCUCUUUGCUUCAAAGGGAUCUUUGGAUCUCUAAUACCUUACGGAGAUGGGACUUACAAUUCUCAUUCUACAGAUGAAAUAAUGUCUCGUGAGUGGCCUUCAGUGGGUCCAGUCGCCGGUGGAAUACUGGCUUUUGUACUUGUUCUUGGCAUCACGCUCUUUUGCUAUAGACUGCGUACCGUCCAGUCAGGAUUAGAACAUCAGUGCCUGCAUGUGCAUACCGCGCCAGAUACAUUGCGCAUGUCACAUUUAGAUGGCGAUGCUGAACCCAUGGAAUUGGAUCAAACAAAGGGCAAUCUGGAUUCUCUUCUUAGGGAUGCUGUAGCACCAAUCUCGCCUUAUAGGGUAUCUACCAAUUAUAGAAGACCUCCUGGUGGUGAUAGUGAUCAUGGCUAUAGCACAAUGACACCACACGAUGACUCCGAGCAACAACCAUUUGCUGAGCCGUUGCUCAUCGUUGGAGGAAGUACCGAGCCUGAUCUCGUGAGACAAAUUGUCACUCCGCCAUCCCCAACAACACAUCUUGGUUCUCCACAUCAUGUUCUGGCACCUGUCACUGUACAUCGUAACAUGGAAACAAAUUAUUGUUAGCGAUUAGCCAUCGACUUGGCUAAACUCCAGGUAAGCUGUGCACUUUGAUGAUUUCUACAUUAUGUUCUUUCAAAAGGAUGAGUUACAUUAUAAUGACAUUGCCUGAUACCCAAACAGUGUACAACGAGAAUCAAUCUUAGCACAAUCCAAUGGAAAGGGAAUUAAACUGUCGAAGCUCUGGCAACUUGAUUCCUUGCAGCUAUAAUUUGUUUACUUAAUUAAAAAAGUUUAAAUUAAAGUUUGUCACAUUUCACCAUCGGUUAUUGUAUAGGCAGCAUACUAUUUUGUACUUCAAUAUUUUUCUCACAAACCCAGUCGACUUAAUUCUUACUAUUGCAAUGGUCACUUACUAAUUAUUAUUGAUAAGUUCUAAUUUCCUUAUUAAUUAGUUCAUAUAUGUGUAGCAUAAUAUUAUUCCAUUUACAAGUGACAGAAAUAGGUGCUACAAAGCCAUUACUACAAAGUCAAGUGCGAUGUUAACUCUUCUAGUUGUAUUUAUCCAACAAUCGGUGUAUGUUUUAAGUCCGUGACACGGAAAGCGUUUUAUUCUUCUUUAAAUUAAUGAUAAAUCAUUAGAGUUUAGUUUAUUUUUUACGAAGAUAUAUAAUAUUUGUAAAUUAUUUCCAUAUCAUCACACUCCUUAUAUUAUUCUCUUUUUCUCUCAAUGAUCUUUUAAUUUCGUUAUUGUUCUUUUUUUCCCAAGCCGCUUUGACAUUUUCAUUUUCAUAUAUUCUGUCUAUGUACAUAAUUUACUCACAAAAUCAUGUUUUAUCAUAACAUUCUGUUUUACACUAUCACGCGGCAAAUCUGACUUUCAACCGAAACUCGAUGAUACCCAUAAAAGUUGAGCAUUUGAAGCAACAAUAUUUUCAUAGAUCACAGAAAACGCGGGCCCAACUUUACAAAUCGGAAUUAAUCCAACAGACUGAAUUAAUAAAAACGGUGACGUAAAUUAGUAUGUAAGGAAUAGAAGGAAUUUAUAUACCGUAUUUUACAGAACUUAAUCAUUAAGUAAAUUGGUAACAUUUUACCAUUGUGCAGCAGCCGCACAAGAAUAAAUUGACCAAUGCGUAUAUUUUAUGUACAAAUACGUAAAAUAAUUGUUAAAUAAUCUAACACGUGAAACGUACAAAUGAUUAUUCGAUUAGUAUAGUACUCAAUCAGGAUUCUUAUGCAUGUGAUAAGUGAUCGUGUCACGCUAUUUACGAAAUUACUAUUUGCAAUGGAAUUGUACGAAGACAAAUAUAUCUUCUAUUUUUUUUAACUCACAGCAUUGCGCAAAUGUGCGUCAACAUAGUAUGAUCAAAAUUAUAUUUACAAUUUAUAAGUGCACUGCACAUUUCUUUUUUCAUACAGUUAACAAAAAACCCAGUGACUCUUGAUUUCGCGUGAAACUUUGAGAAGCUCUCACGUCAUUCUUAAGUAUUUCUGUAAGGUAUAGUUAUAAAAUAAGUACAAUAUAGUCCAGUAUUUAGUCUUAUCUUCCAAUAGUAAUUCUUUAAUAGCGUAUGGUAUUAAUAUUUCGUAUAUAGUAAUCCCUAUAACCAAUUGCCGUGGCAGCUUAUGUCUUGCCAGUAAUUUACUGCCAUUUUAUAAGUAUACUAUGCAGUUAACGCGAACAAAGUUAUUACAAGUAACAUAAAGUAUCUUUGCUAGAAAUCUUACGUACAGGAAGUACGCAAUUUUUAUAUGUUGUAUCUGUAUUUUUAUUAUUAAAUGAUUUUACAUGAAA